CUAAAUUAUCAAAAAGUUGCCGUUUGUUGUCACAAUGCAUAUAUGGAUGUACCAGAUGCAGUGUUAGGCAAGUUGACCCUACUGUGUACGGUUACAGUUUUUUUUUUACUCGUGUUCUGGGUUAAUACCUAUCCUUUUAUAGACAAAGAUUUAUCAAUAUACCAAUAUAUUCCGGAUCCAAAGUGGGUAUUAUUGGCUUGCGCUGUUUGGGGCUUUUUCUUCAUAGGUGGUCUAAUGUCCUUCACUUUAUACCACAUACACCCUUACUUAUAACUUCCAAGAUGACUAAUGUAUCUGCCAAUUGGAUUGUCAUCGGAGUGUCCGGAGUUACUUGUGGUGGGAAAACUACUUUAGCAAAUCAAUUGAAAGAUAGAUUAACUCCGGUAUAUGUUUUCCACCAAGAUAAAUAUUUCUAUCCCGAUGAUAGUCCCAAUCAUGUGAAGUGUGAAGGCUUAGAACAUAAUAACUAUGAUAUACUAUCGUCCUUGGAUAUGGAUAAGAUGUAUAAAGAUAUAAUAAGUACUAUGGAGGGAAAGGAUUGUUCGCAUUAUUCCUGUAAAGAGAGAGAAGAAGGGAGAUUGGAGUUGAAAGGGAAGAGUAUUUUGAUAGUGGAAGGUUUUACAGUGUUGAAUUAUGCACCUAUCAUGAAUAUUUGUAAUUUAAGGUACUACUUUGUGUUGGAGUACGCGGAGUGCCUGUUGCGGCGCUCACACAGACUGUACUCGCCUCCAGACGUGGCCGGAUACUUCGACACCUGCGUGUGGCCCGAGCACCUCCGAUACCGCGCACAGGUCACACACACCGCACUCACUACACUCACACAGACUGUACUCGCCUCCAGACGUGGCCGGAUACUUCGACACCUGCGUGUGGCCCGAGCACCUCCGAUACCGCGCACAGGUCACACACACCGCACUCACUACACUCACACAGACUGUACUCGCCUCCAGACGUGGCCGGAUACUUCGACACCUGCGUGUGGCCCGAGCACCUCCGAUACCGCGCACAGGUCACACACACCGCACUCACUACACUCACACAGACUGUACUCGCCUCCAGACGUGGCCGGAUACUUCGACACCUGCGUGUGGCCCGAGCACCUCCGAUACCGCGCACAGGUCACACACACCGCACUCACUACACUCACACAGACUGUACUCGCCUCCAGACGUGGCCGGAUACUUCGACACCUGCGUGUGGCCCGAGCACCUCCGAUACCGCGCACAGGUCACACACACCGCACUCACUACACUCACACAGACUGUACUCGCCUCCAGACGUGGCCGGAUACUUCGACACCUGCGUGUGGCCCGAGCACCUCCGAUACCGCGCACAGGUCACACACACCGCACUCACUACACUCACACAGACUGUACUCGCCUCCAGACGUGGCCGGAUACUUCGACACCUGCGUGUGGCCCGAGCACCUCCGAUACCGCGCACAGGUCACACACACCGCACUCACUACACUCACACAGACUGUACUCGCCUCCAGACGUGGCCGGAUACUUCGACACCUGCGUGUGGCCCGAGCACCUCCGAUACCGCGCACAGGUCACACACACCGCACUCACUACACUCACACAGACUGUACUCGCCUCCAGACGUGGCCGGAUACUUCGACACCUGCGUGUGGCCCGAGCACCUCCGAUACCGCGCACAGGUCACACACACCGCACUCACUACACUCACACAGACUGUACUCGCCUCCAGACGUGGCCGGAUACUUCGACACCUGCGUGUGGCCCGAGCACCUCCGAUACCGCGCACAGGUCACACACACCGCACUCACUACACUCACACAGACUGUACUCGCCUCCAGACGUGGCCGGAUACUUCGACACCUGCGUGUGGCCCGAGCACCUCCGAUACCGCGCACAGGUCACACACACCGCACUCACUACACUCACACAGACUGUACUCGCCUCCAGACGUGGCCGGAUACUUCGACACCUGCGUGUGGCCCGAGCACCUCCGAUACCGCGCACAGGUCACACACACCGCACUCACUACACUCACACAGACUGUACUCGCCUCCAGACGUGGCCGGAUACUUCGACACCUGCGUGUGGCCCGAGCACCUCCGAUACCGCGCACAGAUAGAGAAGGACAGUCGUGUGACAAUGUUGGAUGGUACAAGACAGGACGCGCUGCACCAAGUUAUGGCACACCUGCACAAAAUGGGGGCCACCGCGGUGUCACAUGACACAUGACACUCCCCCAGUCCCAUGAUACAACAAGAGCACAUUCAGCUGUCAUCAAUGUCACCAAUGGUAUAGAUAAGGUUUUUCUUAAUAAAUAUUAUUUGGGAGCUUUAGUAUGAAAAUGUUUGCCUUAACACUGUUAUAAAUGUCUACUUUAUUAAGAACAAAAUGUUGAAGGGUUUUUGC